AUGUCCAUGCCCGACGACCUCCUAGACGAUGCUCCCAAGUUCGACUUCACCGCCAUCCCUCUUUGUGCCAUUGAUGGUGCCGAGUCUACCACGACUCUUUUCCAAGACGGUGCAGCGACGAGUACGACUACAGAGACCCUCAAGGACCAAGCUUUGGAGGCGAGCGACAAGGUGGCGAGCAAGGAUGAUGCUUCCAUCUUAGGAGGUGAGAGUGGUGAUGUGCCAUCUUCGGCCUUCAUCCACGGCGACGAUGACGAGAUGAUCGAGCAUGGUAUUUUCCCUUCGACCACGGCUACGUAUGAUGACUUGAGUGACUUUUGCCACCAUAUUGAGGGUGAGAGUGACUUCACCACUAGCCCCAUAUAUGAUGUGUUGCCACAAAUUCCAUGUGAGGAGAGCCACAACCCCAACCACUUGAGUGAGAUGAGUGACUCCACCAUAUGUGAGUUUGAGUGCACCUACCUUGAGGGAGUGAGUGAACCACCACAUAGAGAGAGUGUGAUAGUUGAUAGGUCUAGUGAGGCCAUUUGCAUUUCUAACAACUUGACCUCUACCUCUAUUGUGUCUUCUCAUUUGGUGCUAGGUCCCAUUUAUGAUGACGCGCCGAUCCUCGACGACUUCGUCCUCCCUUUGGACACGACGAUGGCCAUGUGUUUGUUGUUCUUGCUUCUUUUGAAGGAAUCACUAGACGGUGCGACAUUGGAGAUUGCCCAUUUCGAGUUUCAAGAUGAUGAGUGCUUGGUGACCGACAACUUCGACAAGGCACCACCAUCUCUUUCCCGUGGUGAUUUGGUUUUCGAUCCGAGGUCGGAUCUUUUCCAAGGGGGAGGGGAUGAUGUGGAGCAUCCUACGAUCAUCACCAUGUCAAGAGUCCGUUUGGCAAGUGACACGUGCGACCUCUACUUCUCAUGCAUAAAGGUGAAUCUUCUCCUUUACACGUGCUCACUUGACCCCUUC